AUGGGCAACGCACUCGGCACGAAGAAGACGCUGAGGGAGCAGCUGCGCGAGAACAAGCGCGAGAUCAACCGCGCCGUACGGCAGCUCGACCGAGAGCGCACGAACCUGCAGCUGCAGGAGAAGAAGCUCAUUCUCGAGAUCAAGAAGAUGGCGAAAGAAGGGCAAAUCGCCAGCGUCAAGAUCAUGGCCAAGGACCUGGUACGGACGCGUCAGCACGUGACCAAGUUCUACACGAUGCGGUCCCAGCUGCAGGCGGUUUCGCUGCGACUGGACACGGCGCAGUCAGCUGAAGCCAUGACGUCAGCGCUGCAGGGCACGACGACCGCGAUGAAGGCGAUGGCGUCGACCAUGAACUUGCCGAGACUGAACCGGAUUAUGAUGGAGUACACGAAGGAGAGUGAGAAGAUGGAGAUGACGCACGAGACCGUUGGGGAUACAAUCGACGACGUCAUGGACGCCGAGCAAGACGAAGAAGAAGAGGAGAAGAUUGUCGGACAGGUGCUGGACGAAAUCGGCAUCGACAUGACGGGUGCCGUGCCGGAAGCUCCGACAGCGCACAUGGCACCGGUUGCUGCUGUUGUGGAAAAAGCUGCGGCAACAGCAGUACAGCUGCCUGCUGCCCCCGUGGCUGCAGGGGACGGCGAGUCGACAGACUCGGCACUGAGCGAUCUUGAAAAGCGGCUCAACAACUUGCGACGGUCGUGA